CUCGCUCUCUCUCUCUCUCUGCUUCGCCGCCGGCGUAAGCUCCGGUGUCUUAGAUCCGUCAGGUGAAUCGCUAGCGUCCUCCCUCUUUCGCCGUUCCAUACAUGUGUAUAUAUGUAUAUGCCGUGUACACUUUUUUUUUUGGAUAAAAUGCCGUAUACAUUUCAUCCCUUGGAUCUGGAGCGACGGGGAAACUUCAAUUGUUUCAGUAGGAGGCUGGAGAUUUUUUUUCAUCGCUGUCUUAGCAAACAGAUAGACGGACAUAAAGCAUUUAGUUGUUGCUCCAAAUAGGGCAUUUCGCCGGACUUUGUUUGUUUUUCCCUGUUCCACGUGCUUGAUGAUGCCCUGAACGCUUAUUGAUCUUCCUGGGUUACUUCUUAUUGGACUUUGUGAAGAUUUCGGCCGAGUUUAAUCUGAUUUCUGUGGGUGGUUUGCACCGUGACUUCGAUGCUCAUGAUUUUUACAAAACGGCGGCGAUUUGGAUUUUUCUUCAAGUAUUUGACUCUAUUGUGAUUCUAUAUGCAUUGUUUCCGUUUUGGCUAAAUGGCUCAUUUUUAUUUUGCUUUUGUGGCCUCAUUUUUUGGGAAGAUUUUGUUAGAAAUGUCUUUUGGUGACGGGUUAGAGAAUAAUGUUUGCGAAUGUCUGGUGAAUUUUUGUUGUUACAUAGAUUUCUUGCGUGUACACAAGUUCCCAUUUAACUAGUGCCUUUGAAAUGACAUGAUCUGUCUCUGGAAGGCGGUAGGGUGAACUUUGAACAUCCCUUGCUUCAUCUCCGGUGUGGGAAGGGUACACAAACUUUUGUUGGAUGUGCAGAUGACCAUUACAGAUGUUAUUUGCAGCAGAUGGAGGAGGGUUCUUCUCUUCAUCGGCGUCUGGUUAUAGCAAGGGCCUCGCCCUCCUCCUCCUGGGGCACAAGAAUGAAGGCAAACCUGUGAGAGUGACAUUGUGGAACCGAUACCAUUUGGUGGAUCAGGAACCAUAUACCAGCCUCCAUCUGGCUUCGUUUAGGAACCGACUCUCCCGUGCCUGCACCUCAUUUAUUUGUUUUGGUCGCACUUCUGCAGGACCCGAAAGUCCCUCCCCUCUUAAAGUUGGCCCACCUCAGCCACAAGCCGUACCUUCUGGUUCUCCCAUACAUCACCAAGGGAGGAGGGACCAUGCACCUUGUAUUGAUGGUAAGAUUGAAGAAACCAAAAGGAUUGCGCUUAAGAGCAGCCUGAAGAAAAGAUCAUUUAGCGGUGCGGUUCCUGCCGAUGGCGCGAAUAGACAAGACCCGCUUGGUCACAUAGAAAGGAGGAAAGUGCAGUGGCCUGACACCUGUGGAAUUGAUCUUGCCGAGGUCAGAGAAUUUGAGCCUAGCGAAAUGGGCGGAUCAGAGGACGGGUUCCAACAUGGAACCGAGAAAAGCUGUACGUGCACAAUCAUGUAAGUAACCAUCUUCUCGGUUCACAGGCUCGGACUCUACUGGCUGGAUCAGAACUCCGGCGACAUGAUCAGACCGGUCACGGGAAAGAAGGCCUGAAAUCGCAGUUAAGAACAAUACCAAUGACAGAAAUUGAGUGGGAGGUGAGAUUCACGCGCUAUGGAUGAGCGUGAGGGUGAAAGCCAGAAAUGCAGCAAGCGGCUUCAAGUGCAUUUUUUUCUUGAGUUGAAGCCGAAACCAACGAGCGAAUGCUGAGACUUGGCCGUAUCUCAUCCACACAGCCAUUUUCAGACACACCACACAACGCAAACAUCAUCGAGGACAAAGACAUAACAUUCAGAAACCCCAGGAAGAAGAAGAAGAAUCAGAUUACGAAAAAAAUGUCAGCGGCUUCUCCGAUCCACUGCGUCAGAAUCCUCAACCCUUCUUCGACAGCAGUCUCCCCUUCAAAAUCAUCUGGUUCGUCUCGUUUCAGAUUCUCUCCUACCAAGCCAUGCGUUUUCACCGUCAGCUGCUCUCAGGCCGAAGGUCCCUUGAGGAGACCGGUGGCUCCUCCUCCUCUCCGGGAGCCAUCGCCGCCGUCGAAGCCCAUCCCUCCUCCGCCGUCUCCCUCUCCUUCCACUGUGUCUCCGCCUCCGCCUCCGCCGGCGGCGACUUUUGAGGUGGGCAAGGGUGUUAUUACGUUCGAGUUCCAGAGGCAGAAGGCCAAGGAGCUGCAAGAUUACUUUAAGCAGAAGAAGCUUGAAGCCGCUAAUCAAGGCCCCUUCUUUGGAUUCCUUCCCAAGAACGAGGUUUCCAAUGGAAGAUGGGCAAUGUUUGGUUUCGCGGUUGGAAUGCUCACAGAGUAUGCGACAGGGUCAGACCUCGUUGAUCAAGUUAAGAUCCUCCUCUCCAAUUUCGGUAUCAUAGACUUGGAAUGAUUUUUUCUCUUCAAGUAUAGAGCCCUGUUUUUUUUUUUUGUGUGUAAGCAUCUAUCUGUUCAUAAGCAGACACAUGUAUUGUAUUUUGUAUUGUCAAUCUCUCAUUUGUUGUUGUUGUUUAUUGUUGCUCUAAUUAUGUAUCUUCAGGAUCUGCAACUGCAAUCCAAAUAGUACAUAUACAUUUGCCCGUUUUAUA